UUUUCGGGCGACCUAAGAAAAAAGGGCCUCGGUUUUGGUGAACUGGCCGUACAAUUGGUGGUGUGUUGUGUGCGUUUUUUCCAUGGGAUUUUUUGGUUGAUAUGCCUGAAAGGUUGAUAGGUGAUAGGUUUAAAGGAAUACUGCAAGUUUAAAGAUGAAGAUCACAAUUAAAGACAAUAUCCGUCUGAUUCCGAUACACCAUCCAACGGAGUAGUGUUUUCUUUGAACGAUGCAUUAGCAAACGAACGAAACAUCUUCCAAAAGGUGGCCUAAAAAGUGUAAGUCAAACUGUUAGACGCUAGCGGUUGUUGCCAGAACGGAUCGAUAGUGUGAAAAGUGAAGCGCGAGCUUGAAACAAACAGUAUCCAUCUGUAGCAAAAUCGAAACGAUAUACCUUAAGCGGGGAGAAUCCAAGCGCAAUGGUUGCCCUACAAUAUGGUAGCCAGUAACGCUAGACUUGGGGGCUCGGUUUUACGUGCGUAAACGAUAACGGAAACAGCAGCCAGUCGGAACACAUUCGCGUUCGGAAAAGGGGUUGGCAAAAGAAACCGAAAAACUCUCGACAGCGUAGGGAUUUGUGUGGAGAGAUAAGAGUGUUUUUGCUGCGACAUCCACGGCGUAAAAUCAGCACCAACAUUCCAACAUGUCGGUUCAGAUGACGCGAUAUAAGCAGGCGCAGUUUGCGGAUGAGGAUAGCAGCAGUAUCGGAUCGAUACAGAUCAACGAGACGACCCGCAGCCCUACGAUGCACAUUCGUUAUCAUGCUGCACGUGGCACCUCGCUGUGGAAUGCUCGGAGCAAGCUGGAGAAGGUACUGCUGUUGCUGCUGGCAUUCGCGAUCAUACUGAUCGUCGUGCUGAGCAGUCUGCUAGCGAAUGAUAGUACGCGCAUCCUGCACGUACGUCCUCACGUUGGUUCGGACCCGUUCGGAGUGGAUGAACAGCUGCCCUGCCUCAAUCAGCAUUGCAUCUUCGCGGCUAGCGAAAUACUGCACUCGAUCGACUGGAGUGUAGAUCCGUGUGACGAUUUCUACGCGUUUUCCUGCAACCAGUGGAUCCGAAACAAUCCCAUCCCGGAGGGUAAGUCAAUGUGGGGCCUGUUCGGGAAGCUGGAGCAACAGAAUCAGCUAGUGCUGAAGAAUGCCCUCGAACGGCCACUGGCCGAGUUUAAAUCGAAGGCAGAAAAGAAGGCCAAACUGUACUACCAGUCGUGCCUGGAUGAGGACGAAACGAUGGAGAAGCUCGGUGCGGAACCGCUGCAGAAGUUGCUGCGCCAAAUCGGUGGCUGGAAUGUGACGGCCAAUGCGAGUGGAUUCGAUGUGCAGCGGUGGUCCUUGCAGCGUACGCUGCAAACGCUACAGAUACGCUACAACAUGGGUGGAUUGUUUGGGUGGGCGGUCGGUGAAGAUGAUCGCAAUUCUAGUAAGCAUAUCAUACAGAUCGAUCAAGGAGGACUGACGCUUCCAUCACGGGAUAACUAUCUCAACAAAACCGCGAAUGCGAAGAUAUUGACUGCCUACUUGGAAUAUAUGACCAAGGUUUCGGUAUUGCUAGGUGCAGACGAAACGGACGCCCGGCGCCAGAUGUUGGAGGUGAUUGAGUUUGAGACGAGGCUUGCCAACAUCACCACACCGCAGGAUAUGCGUCGAGAUGAGGAAACACUCUACCAUCCCAUGACGCUGGCAAUGCUGCAGGAAAAGGCACCGUUCAUUAACUGGCAGGAACAUUUUGAGGAAGCGUUCCGGUUGGUACGUCGAAAGAUUACCGAGAAAGAGCGAGUUGUGGUGUACGCUCCGGAGUAUCUCGAAAAGUUGAACAUCUUGAUGAAGGAGUACACCGCUACGGAUGAGAAGAAGAUCAUACUGAAUAACUAUCUUGUGUGGCAAACUGUACGGACACUGACUGCUUGCUUAUCUAAAGCAUUCCGGGAUGCAUACAAGGGUCUGCGGAAGGCCCUGAUGGGUUCGGAUGGUGGUGAGGAACUGUGGAGAUACUGUGUGUCGGAUACGAGCAAUGUGCUCGGUUUCGCUGUCGGUGCCAUGUUUGUGCGGGAUGUGUUCCAUGGUGACUCGAAACCGCAAGCCGAAGACAUGAUCAAUCAGGUGCGGGAUGCGUUCAAGGAGAACUUCAAGAAUCUGGGAUGGAUGGAUGCGGAGACACGCCGUCUUGCAGUGGAGAAAGCUGAUGCGAUCAGCGAUAUGAUCGGGUUCCCCGAUUACAUCCUGUAUCCGGAGGAGUUGGACCGAAAGUAUCAAGAUUUGACCAUUGAUCCAAAGACGUACUUUGACAACAACAUCAACUACAAUAUCUACAGCUUGAAGAAGAACCUUGAAAAGCUGGACCAACCCGUUAACAAGACCAAGUGGGGCAUGACACCGCCGACCGUAAAUGCGUACUACACACCGACCAAGAACCAGAUCGUCUUUCCGGCCGGCAUACUGCAGAAUCCGUUCUUUGACAUUAAGAACUCGAAAAGUUUGAACUACGGUGCGAUGGGUGUUGUGAUGGGACACGAGCUAACACACGCAUUCGACGACCAGGGGCGGGAGUACGAUAAGUACGGCAAUCUACAUCAAUGGUGGAACAAUCAGACGAUCGAACGGUUCAAGAAUCAGACGGAAUGUUUCAACAAGCAGUACAGUGCCUACCGGAUUACUGGCAAAACGAUCAAUGGAAAGCAAACGAUGGGUGAAAACAUUGCCGACAAUGGUGGCCUCAAGGCGGCAUUUCAUGCGUACAUUAACAACGAGAAGAAUAGCUACACGGACACGGACACGUUGCCGCUGCCGGGUGUGAAUAUGACCCAUCGGCAGCUGUUCUUUGUGUCGUUCGCCCAGGUCUGGUGUUCGGCAGUAACGGACGAAACAACAACGUUGCAGAUCGAGAAAGAUUCACACUCACCGCCGAAGUAUCGCGUGAUAGGACCAUUAUCUAACCUGAAGGAGUUUUCCGAUACGUUCCACUGUCCGCUCGGUACGGGUAUGAAUCCGUUGGAGAAGUGCAUAGUAUGGUAAGGCUUUUAUUAUUGCACUUGGUGGUACAACAAAGGAUUUGCGUUCUGCAGCGGUCUUCUCGUUUGAUCCGUGUUUAAUUUGUGCAUAUUUACAAGAGGGUUAAUUCCUUCGAUAUUACUCACGUUAUCUGUGUGAGUAAGUUCUAUAUCUUGCUUUAGGUUAAACGAACUACUCUAAGAUCAUAAUAUGCCUGCCAUAGAAUGGCUUACUAAAUCUAUUUUUACAACGUAGCCGUCGUCGCCGAAUAGCCAGAAAAAAGGUUUCUUGUACCACAAUGAACCACCAACAAGGUCCGAUCCAGAUGAGAUUCGAUUCACGAUCUUUACCUGAUCGCCAUUGCAGAAAACCUGGACUUGGACCAUUUCAUCGAUGCCAAAUUAGUAAUGAAAAGGACACGACGUACGCACAGUAAUGGCGAUGCCUACUAGGCAAUUGACUACCUUAGCAUUUGCGUGUAAGAUUUCUAAGUCAAAGACAGCAACCAAAAAUUAAGUAAGUAAAGCAAAAAGGACGAACAGCGGAGCAAAAAUAGUCUAUUUUAUUACAUCUUUUUCUACACCGCGCUAUGGAGUGGUGAGUGUUGAAAGUGCAUUUUUCUUUUGUAUUUCCUUAAUUCCUUCUAUUGGAAAAAUCAAACAAACCAAACGAAACACACAAACACACUUAGAGUUAAUAAUACGUUUAUAGUGCGCGAAACGUUCAUUAUUGUGAUUGUAUCUUAAAAGAAAUGAGUAAGAAACAAAUUAAGUAAGGCCAACAAUUCGUCUACCAUUCGUACUGUGGGAAAGGGAAAUGGAAAGGCGUUUGCCAAGGAUGGCAAAAACAAGGGGGAGGAUAGCAGCACAGGAAGAAAUGAGGAUGAUGUGGUAAUCAAAUGAUACAGAGGCUUGUGAUGAGAUGGGUAACAUAAGUCGGAAAAACGAAAGGGAAUGGAAAAUAAAAAUCAUGUGAAAUCCUAUUAGUAAACAGUAUAGAAAUGUACGUUCUGUGAGGGAAACAUCAAAAUGAAAUAAAACUUAUCCUAGAUUGUACAACUGUUCAA